UUCCAUUGCACCAUCCCACAACAUUGUCCUCUAGCGUUUAUGGACAAUAGCGACAAAAAAAACCAAAACAAAGACGACAACCACCGCAGUCAAGAAACCCACGGCAACCAAGGCAAGCGAAAAAACUACCUUGCCCAAAACCACUCAGAAUAAUUCCUCCAUCUCCACAACUAACUAUGGGUGAAGAUAUUAUUCCUCCAAACGAUUCUACCACAACAACUGAACAGCAAACAGUACCCAUACCUGCAACAAAUAGCUCUCCAAUAGAUCCCACCCUCAGAGAAUCUAGGGAACAGCAAACAGGGCCCACCCCUGAAACAGAGAACUCUCCAAUAGAUCCCACCCUCAGAGAAUCUAGGGAACAGCAAACAGGGCCCACCCCUGAAACAGAGAACCCUCCACAAGGUCCCACCACAACAGAAUCUACUGAACAGCAACCAGGAUCUAUACCUGUAGUUGUUGAAGACCCUUGCAUAGAUCCCACCCUCAGAGUAUCUAAUGAACAGCAAACAGGGUCCACCCCUGAAACAGACAACCCUCCAAAAGGUCCCACCACAACACACUCUAGUGAACAGCAACCAGGAUCUAUACCUGUAGUUGUUGAAGAGUCCACCACAGCAGCUUCUACUGAAAAUGCUUCAGAUUCCACAACAUCUGAGAAGCAACCUACUACUGAACCAGAAACAACUCCACCUAGUACUGACAUUCCUCCUUCGACUGAGAAAGAACAUACUCCUAAUGAUUCAAGCACCACCAGAACAACUGAUAGAACGCCUGUUCUUGAGAGUGAGGCCAUUCCACUCAAUACUGAGAUGCCCCCCACUAAUGAACAUGACCCUAUUCAACCCAAUACUGAGAUGCCCCCUACUACUGAACCUAUUCCAACACCUCCCAUUCCUGAAACAAUUCCUGAAGAAGAUGAAACAGACGAUGAUGAAGAGGUACCAAUUGGUGUGCUGAGGGCCAGGGCAAGGAAAAGUGCCCAAGCCACCCGCCCCAGUAAGAGAAUGAAAAUUUCAACUUCCAAGGCUGCCACAACUUCCAAGGCUGCCAAGGGCAAGUCCCCACUUGAAGCAGAUACCACAAAGCCUGGGAAGAGGAAAGCACCAGAGCAGGCCCUGAAAAUCAGAAUUGGCAAGGGUUCACCUCCCAAACAAAAGAAGGCUGCUAAGUCCAGGUAUAGUGAAUGA